UGCCAUUAGUGUACAAGACCGGGCAGAAGAAAGAAGCGCGUUUCGGAACCGAGAUCGAACAGGCUGCGAAAGUGAGUGUCGUCCUCGUCAAUAAUCUCGGAGUGAGUGAAGCACGAAGCAGGCAUGGCUUCUUCGGCAACCCUGACAGCGGGUGACAGCAUGGCCGCCGAACCGUUCCUGAGACGGGAUCCCCGCACCAUCGACUGGGAACUGGCCGGAAAUAAGCAGUUUCUCAUCAUCCUGUUCGUGGCGUACGUCUACAUCGCCAAGGUGGGAGGGCCACGGUUUAUGAAAGGACGCAAGCCGUACGAUGGCAUCAAGCCGCUCAUCAUCGUCUACAACGCGGCCAUGGUCCUGCUCAACUGCUACUUCGUGGCGGCCUUCCUCUCCAAGUCAUACCUGGGAGGCGGUUACAACCUCCUCUGCCAAGGCAUCAACUACGAGGCGCACGACGAGGUUACCAUGAGCGUGCUCACCCUCUGCUGGUGGUACCUGAUGGUGAGGAUCGCCGACUUUCUGGACACCUUCUUCUUCGUGCUCCGCAAGAAAGACUCGCACAUCUCCUUCCUGCACGUCGUGCACCACAUCUUGGUGGUCUUCAACGGCUGGUACGGGCUCGCCUACGGUCCCGACGGCCAGAUCACGUUCGGCGUCAUCCUCAACAGCUUCGUGCACGUGGUCAUGUACAGCUACUACUUCCUCUCGCUGCUUGGCCCGUCCAUGCAGAAGCACCUGUGGUGGAAACGCUACCUCACCCAGCUCCAGCUCGUCCAGUUCGUCAUGAUUUUCCUGCACACACUGAUGCCGUUAUUCAUCAGCUGCGGCUACCCGAGGCCUCACACCUACAUCAUGCUGUGCGAGCUCGUCUUCUUCUUCGCCAUGUUCGUGCGCUUCUACCUGAAGGCCUACAUGGACAAGGAGGGUCCCAGCAUAAAGGGCGAAGCCGUCAAGAACAAGGCUCACUAAAAUUGCUCUGGUUUAGCCAGGGGCGGGUCCAGGUUUUUGUAGAGAGAGCUACAUUACGCCAGGUUUUCGCCUCUUCGCCGUCGCCGCACAUUUAGCCGUGGCUGCACUGUGACGUCACACCGCGGCCCUCGAUUCUCCAGUAACUCGGCUCGUCACGGUCGCAGCGCGGCCGGGAGUGACUAAAUCCCCACCAGAAC